AGUAACCCACAUCGAACGUAUCCUUGGGCGGUCUCGCGUAUCGUCGUAUUCUGUCGGCUUUUUCCGGCGUAUCUCGGUCGGUGAGCUAGCCAAGUUGAUUAGCCUGCUACCCUCAGCUAAUGUUUGUAGGAUUUUAUUAAUGUUAGCUGACUGGAUAGUGUCGAAAAAUGGCGGACGACGAGGGACAAGGAAUUUGUUCAGCGGUCCCUCCGUUGCCUCACCCUUCCUCUCGAAACGGCUCCGGUGGCGGUAGCGUUACACCGGGCACCGACGGCAGCUGCCAGUCUGGAACCACCGUUACCUCAGGCCCUCGGCUUGUUCGGAUAGUGAAGUCCGAUUCGGGCUAUGGUUUCAAUGUCCGAGGACAAGUGAGUGAAGGAGGGCAGCUGAGGAGCAUUAACGGGGAACUGUACGCUCCACUUCAGCAUGUCAGUGCUGUUCUACCGGGAGGUGCAGCAGACAGAGCCGGCAUUUCGAAGGGGGACAGGAUUCUUGAAGUCAAUGGAGUGAAUGUAGAGGGAGCGACACAUAAGCAGGUGGUGGACCUGAUCCGGGCUGGAGAGAGGGAGCUGGUGUUGGCUGUGCUACCCGUCCCGCCACAGGAAGCUGAUUGCUUGGAUCCUGGAGACGACGGUUCAGCUCAGUCCUGCUAUGAUUACUCCGACAAGCAGGCUGUCCCCAUCUCUGUGCCCAGCUUCAAGCACACUGAGCUUAACCAGGAAAAGUUUGUGGUAUACAAUGUGUACAUGGCAGGCAGACAGCUCUGCUCCAAACGUUACCGGGAGUUUGUGAUCCUGCACCAAAACCUUAAGCGGGAGUUUUCCAACUUUGCAUUCCCUAAGCUGCCUGGAAAAUGGCCUUUUUCCCUGUCAGAGCAGCAGCUGGAUGCACGACGCAGAGGCCUGGAAGAAUAUUUGGAGAAAGUGUGCUCCGUACGGGUUAUUGGAGAAAGUGAUAUCAUGCAGGAGUUCCUGUCUGAAUCAGAUGAGAACUAUAAUGGCGUGUCAGAUGUGGAGUUGAGAAUAGCCAUGCCUGAUAAAACCACGCUCACUGUCAGAGUUCGCAAAAAUUCUACGACAGACCAGGUCUACCAGGCUGUGGUAAUGAAGUUAGGCAUGGACAGUGUAACAGCCAGCUACUUUGCUCUCUUUGAGGUCAUCAACCACACUUUCGUGCGUAAGCUCGCCCCCAAUGAGUUCCCCCACAAACUGUAUGUACAGAACUAUACCUCAGCCAUCCCAGGAACCUGCCUCACCCUACGUAAGUGGCUCUUCACCACAGAGGAAGAGAUUCUGCUCAGUGAUAACCAGCUUGCUGUCAACUAUUUCUUCCACCAGGCAGUGGAUGAUGCGAAGAAAGGUUUCAUCAAAGCCGAGCAGCAGUCCUACCAGCUGCAAAAGCUCGCAGAGCAGAAGAAGAUGUCUAUGUAUCUGAGUUUGUUGAGGGCUUGCGAGGGCUACAACGAGAUCAUAUUCCCUCACUGUUCCUGUGACUCCCGACGUAAGGGCCACGUCAUCACGGCCAUUAGCAUUCACCACUUCAAGCUGCACGCCUGCACAGAGGAAGGGACACUCGAGAACCAAGUGAUUGCAUUUGACUGGGGGGAGAUGCAGAGGUGGGACACAGAUGAAGAGGGCAUGGCCUUCUGUUUCGAAUAUGCACGGGGAGAGAAGAAGCCACGCUGGGUCAAGAUAUUUACACCUUAUUUCAACUACAUGCACGAAUGCUUCGAGAGAGUCUUCUGUGAGCUGAAGUGGAGGAAGGAGGUGGAAGAAGAGGCAACAGACAAGGACAAUAAGAACUGCAGUAAAGAUGGUAUGUGUGGCAAGAAUAUAUUCCAGCUGCUGAGACACAGAAGGGAUGGAGGCACCUAGGAAGGGAGAUUGUCACCUCUUAAUUACGCACUGUUGUCAUCAACUCAGCUAAUUUAAUUUUAUUUUUUGUGCAGCAACACUUGGCUAUUUACAAUAAGGUCUUCGUUUUCACUCCGUCAUCAACAACAACAACAACCUGAGGAACUUUACCUUGAACCAUGAAGAAUCUUCAAAUCUCAUAAACUGAAGCAUCAAAAACACCAAACAUGAAGCAGGAACUCUCGAGUCAUUUAUAAUCUUGCAAAAAGCAGAGCCUUGUCAGAAAGAAAUGAGGCCCCUAGAGAGUCUACAUCACAGAAUUAAACUGUACAAGCGUUUUCCCUCAUUGAAACAGACUUGAAGUGGAAUGUGACGUGGUCAAUAUUGGAGUAUCCGCUGGAAUUGUCCUAACGGGACAAGAAAGCUGGAGUAAAUAGGAGUGGUGGCCUAACAAGGGAAACUGAAACCUUUUAGUGCUCACACAGGUUAUUACCGAUCGUCAAUGAUCAGCAAUACUGGUGGUUUACCACAGGGAGGCAUUCAGCAUGUGUCCUCUUCAGUAAUGCAUGCAGAGAGCCCAAGAAAGCAAAGGCCAACUAGAGUGAGGCUCUGAAGUGAAUCAUACCAUGUUCAUUUUAGUCUUCUUAGCACCAAGUCAGCAUUAACAAAAGAAACAAAUCAACGUCGUAAUCAGAGAGGGAGGAGAGAAAGUAGACGCGUACGUGUAGGAGAUUGAUGUCAACGGGAACAUGUUGAACUUUGGAGUAAUAUUGCACUUUAUCAAACAGUAUUUGUAGGAAAUGAAACCUAAGAAGCAGGUUAUGGGUAUAAUACUGGAAUAAGGCAGGUCUUAUUUAGUUUACAGUCAUUUUUGACUGACUACAGUAUGAUAAAGCACUGUAUUAUUGAGAUGGUGUGUGCGGAGCCAUGCAUCAAACUUUUUAUGUUAAAUGUUUUUAUGUCAAAUGAUUAUGUUAUCUGUCCAUGCAAAUAUUGUGGAGUUUUGAGCAGUCAGGUGGCAGUGCUGAAACAAAACAGCAGGGGUCCUUCUCGCUCUCCCCCCGCCAGUGGUUCAUUUGUUCCUGAGCGCUCCCUCAGGAUUUAUAAUAGGCCUGUAAUUCAAAUGUCCUUUUUGCACAGCACUGUGUGUCUCUGUAGCUCCUAUGUUCCCGUAGUCUGGAACCGCCCCUCAUGCACUCCAGAUUCUGGUUAUAGUUGUAAUGAACCUGACCUUAGAUCAGGCCUUAAUGUUAGUAAUGAAAAAAUUAUAAUGUAAUAAGGUUUAAUAUGAUUAUCUGACGAUGCAAUAUAGACAGGAGUCAUAAAUUUGACACUCCACAUGCUGACAUUUGAAAUCUUGCUGAUAUUACAUGUUAACUUUGAUACCAGUGUUUAAGAGAUAACUAGUGUAAAGUGUUAGUCAGUAAGGAUGUUAAUGAACUCGAUGUCACAACAUGGUUAAUUUAUGCAAAGUCUCAAACAAAGAUGUGAGUCCCCACUAUUAAACGACAUGUGAGACCAAACUUUGGAUUCACAAAACUAAUCAAGUCAUAGUUUAACUUGAUCUAAUAUGAGACACCUGUGUAAUGUUAUCAUCAUUAACAGAAUCUGCAAGUAAAGAGUGGUGUGGACAUCAGAAGUGCUUGUUAUCACGAUGAUGGUGCUGUUCCAAUAAUCACGUUGGGUGAUUAAUGAGCGAUAGCAGACCUUUUUGGGCGUGAAGGAGAUUUAACUGGAUGCUUGAGCUCAGAGGAUGUAUUGUAUGUGCAGCCUUAAAGGCCGAACCCAUUUCUUGUCUGUUCACCCGACCAUGUCUGUAGCAGGUCUGAUAUACUGUACCUCGUGUUGUCUGUUCUGUCCGUCCUCAAGUGUGUGCUCUCUUUUUCUCACCUCCCUUCUUCUCCCUCUCUCUCUCUCUCUCCCUCUCUUUCAUUCUGAAUGAAUUCAUGAGACCAUUGCAUUAUUUAUAUCAGUAAGAUACGGAUUUUAACUCCGUAUCUGUUGUUAAGUUUUCCCGCCUGAUAUGGUUUGACUUUUAAAGAUACACAAAGAAGAGGAGACUGACUGACAAGCUGCAGGUUCUUUUAAAACACUGAAAUGUACAAUUGUUUGGUUAUGUCGCUUACUGUAAGAAAUUGUAACAUAUUCUUUUAAUAAACCGAUUUAUUGAUGCAA